CAAACACCAUUCUUCUAUUUUUCUCCACAUGCGUUUGAUUUCUUCCGUCGUCGCUGUUGCGUCUUUUAUCGCAGUCAGCACCAACGCCGUCUAUGCCUACGGUGCCCUUGGUCACACUCUGACUGGUCAGAUUGCACAACAAUUCCUCACUCCCAAGACCACGACUCAGAUCCAGAAGAUCCUUCAAUCGUAUGAUGGCCUUCUCUCUGGUGCUGCUUCUUGGCCUGAUCAAGUUCGAGGUCUAGCUCAAUAUAAAUGGGCCACACCCUUACAUUUUUUUAAUCCCGUGGGUGAUCAACCUCCAGACCAUUGUUCUGCUGAUUAUGUGGUCGCUGGUUCUGAUAACGUCAACGGACUCUUCAACAUGACCGCUACUAUGAGAAAGUGGGCCAUCACUCCUCCAACGACCCCAAAAGAAUCAAAGACGUUAGAAGAAGCCCUGAAAUUCUUCUUGCAUUUCAUGGGUGAUAUCCAUCAGCCCCUUCAUGACUCCUCAAGAGAUCGAGGUGGUAAUCAGGCACCUAUCCGGUGGGGGAAGACCAAGAGUAACUUGCAUAGCAUGUGGGAUACCCUGAUGAUUACCAAAGACAUCAAGGAUCGUUUCAAUGAUGACCCACAGGCUUAUCUAGACGAUAUUAUCAAACUCGCCAAAACUUACUGGUCUGAUGCAUCCACCUGGACUGCCUGUGACCCUAUCAAGAAUGCAGAUGCUUCCAAAAAUCCAUGGGCCUCCACCACUAAGGAUAUCAAGACCCUGUGCCCUAUUCAAUGGGCUAUGGAUACGAAUGCAUUGGAUUGUACCUAUGUCUGGGUUAAUUACUCAUCCACACGCGAUUAUUCCACAGAUUAUUUCCAACAAAUGACAGGCCCUCAAUCCAAUUAUUUAGUUCAGCGACUUUUGGCUCAAGCUGGCAUCCGUAUUGCUGCCGUCUUGAAUGAGGUCUUUGAUCCUUCUGCCAAGCUUCCUUUGACAAAGAGACGUCCCGGCGGUGCUCGUCUACUCCCUGAUUAUUAA